AUGGGCAACUGUCUCAAGAGCAGUGGAGGUGCUCAAAAUGACAACGCGACUCUGUUGAACAACAGUCCAGAUCCUGCUAUGUCUGGUAGUUUGUCGCAAGAUCAACUCAAUUCACAAGCUAUGCCUUACAAUGAGCUGGUGGAUUCUCGGUACCCAGUUGUCUCAACCCGCGAGAGACACGUGCGGUCAACGGAAUCGAGCAUCGGCGGACUGGGCCAGGGCAUCGGAAUGACAACGGGCAACAUCAGAGGAACCGGACUGAUGAACUCGGCAACGAUUAACGAAGAGGAGCACCAGGUGCGAAUUGCCAAACGCAUUGGACUGAUCCAGCACUUACCCUCGAGGGAGUACGACGGUGCCAAAAAGGGGGAGUGUGUAAUCUGCAUGAUGGAGCUGACUAUUGGAGAGGCCGUUCGCUAUCUUCCCUGCAUGCACACUUAUCACGCGAUGUGCAUCGACGACUGGCUGCUGCGUUCUCUCACCUGUCCUUCCUGCAUGGAGCCCGUCGACGCGGCUCUCAUAAAUUCCUACCACCCCACAACUUAG